UGUCUUCAACUAAACAUCAAACUGUUGAAUUAUUUUGAAUCCUUGUGAACGGACAUAAUCAAAUCGUCUAUCUCUACACAACUAGAGUAAACAUGCAGCGGUAUGUGUUCUUUCUUACUGUGAUGGCUCAGAAUUAUCUGAUGGACUGUCAGCUCUAUAAGUUUCACUACAUUAAUGAGAAUAAGACCUGGACUGAAGCUCAGCAGUACUGCAGAGAGAAUCACACUGACCUGGCCACAGUGACUAACAUGAAGGACAUGGAGAGACUCAUCAGUGUCUCACUAGGAGAUAUAAAGGAAGCUUGGAUUGGUCUGUAUGACCAAAGAAACGUAAAUAGAACAUGGUACUGGUCUCUGCCUGGAGUGGAGUUCAAAAAAAGUGAGACAAACUGGGCACCAGGCGAACCAAAUAAUCUUGGAUCUGAAGGUCAAAACUGUGGGAUUAUAUGGAAAGAUGACUCUAAUUUUCUCAAGUGGGCAGAUUUAUCCUGUAAUGAAAAGCACAAUUUUACCUGCUAUUAUGUUUACUUCGCAGAAAAUGACUCAUCACAGAAAUAUUUCUUGAUUAAAGAGCUGAAGACCUGGCUGGAAGCUCAGAGUUACUGCAGAGAUAAACACACAGACCUGAUCAGUGGAACGAAUGGAGAAGUGAACAAGGGGUUACAUUUAAUGACUGCAAAUUCAAGGUACAUCUUUAUUGGUCUGUUCAGAGACACUUGGAGGUGGUCAGAUGGAAACAGUUCCUCCUUCAGACACCAAAACGCUCAGUUUGCUUCAACUGAUCAUGUCUGGAUAGGGCUGAGCUACGCCUGCACUCUGGAUUUGUGGUUCUGGGUCAGUGAUGAGAUGGUCAGAUACAGCAACUCGGCCCAAAAUGAACUGAUGGACGACUGUGACAUGUCUGGAGCCAUGGAGACGGGAGGAGAAUACAAAUGGUUUAAAAGAAAUGAUGCAGAGAAGUUUAACUUCAUCUGUACUAAGAAUAGGCGCAGAGAAUAA